GAGAGUGUUAUUCACUUCUCAACUAAAACUCACUCUACUUUCGCGGACUCUCUGUCCCGAGAAACAAACGGGAACUAAGGAAAUGAAAAUUCUCCAGCUUUUCACCCGCCACCCAAUCCUUUGCCACAGACAAGCCCUAGUUCCUUCGAUUAGUUUCGGAGCUCUCAGACAAGUGAGCUCCAAACGGUGCUUCUGUACGCACUCGGAGGAUCCGGAGCUGAAGGACUUCAUGGAGUACAUGGAUUCUCUGAAGAACUACGAAAAAUUGGGCGUGCCCAGAGGCGCGGGUACGGACUCGGAGGACGGGUUCGAUCUGGGCCGGAUGAGGCGGCUCAUGGAGCACCUCGGCAAUCCUCAGUCCAAGUUCAAGGCUGUUCACAUUGCUGGUACAAAAGGAAAAGGAUCAACUGCUGCAUUCCUCUCCAAUAUUUUACGGGCAGAAGGGUAUUCUGUAGGUUGUUACAGCAGCCCACAUAUUCAGACCAUCAGGGAACGCAUGUCAUUGGGAAGAUUUGGCGAGCCGGUGUCAGCAAAGACAUUAAAUAGCCUUUUUCUUCAAAUUAGAAAGACUCUUGACCAGGCAAUGGAGCACGAAAAUGGGCGUAUGACUCAUUUUGAGGUUCUCACUGCAAUGGCAUUCACCUUAUUUGCCCAAGAGAAUGUUGACAUCGCAAUUAUUGAGGCUGGGUUGGGGGGUGCACGGGAUGCAACAAACAUUAUUUCUAGUUCUGAACUUGCUGCAUCAGUCAUAACUACAAUUGGUGAGGAGCAUUUGGCUGCGCUUGGGGGUUCUUUGGAAAGCAUUGCCAUGGCAAAGUCAGGAAUCAUUAAACAUGGCUGCCCAUUGGUGCUGGGUGGCCCAUUCCUUCCACAUAUUGAUCGUAUUCUUCGUGAUAAAGCAUUGUCAAUGGCUUCUCCAGUAGUAUCAGCAUCUGAUGCUGGAAAUAGAAGUACCGUAAAAGGUAUUAGCAUGUUCAACGGUAGACCUUUCCAAACUUGUGAUCUAAUAAUACAAGUUGAGAGGGACUUUAAGGAGUUCAUUGAGUUACUGGAUGUGAAACUGUACAUGCUUGGACAUCACCAACUUCAAAAUGCGGCAACUGCUGCUUGUGCAGCACUCUGUCUUCAUAAUCAAGGAUGGAGAAUUUCGGAUGGAUCUAUUAGGGGUGGUUUAGAACAUGCAUUCUUGCUGGGAAGAAGUCAGUUUCUAACACGGAAAGAAACUGAGGCACUUGGGCUACAUGGAGCAACAGUAUUGCUGGAUGGAGCACACACCAAAGAAUCUGCUAAUGCUUUGGUGAACACAAUACGGAUGAUAUUGCCAGAGGCGCCAUUGGCUCUUGUGGUUGCAAUGGCAAGUGACAAAGACCACGUAGGUUUUGCAAGAGAGUUUCUUUCAGGUGGACAGCUAGAGGCCGUCUUUCUGACUGAAGCUAACAUUGCUGGAGGCAAAUCUCGAACGACUUCAGCUUCUUUAUUAAGAGAUUGUUGGAUCCAAGCUUCCGAAGAACUGGGCAUUGGCAUUGUUCAUAAUGGACCAGCAAAAUCCAACCGAGUGUUCAAGGAUCAAUUGACUUGCUCUGUAAGCAAUUUGGAAAAUGGAACCAUCUUAGCUGCUGAGAGUUCAUUAACGGUUUCAUUGAAGGUUGCAAAUCAGAUCCUCAGAGAAGGAACAGGGAUCCAGUCGGGCAUUAUUGUAGUGACUGGAUCUCUGCAUAUUGUUUCAUUGGUAUUAGCUGCUCACAUUGGUUAAGGCAGAGAAUUAUUGCACUUAUUCUAGUAAUUUUUAAAUUCAUCAUGUUGCUUUCCCUUACAGUUCCUUAAGCGAUUGCGUCUAUGGAAAUUUUUGAGAGUCGGACUUAAUUUUUAUAAGAACCGUUUUGCUGUCA